UUGAUCAGACUCGUUUCAGAUGUGUUUUUCGUCCAGUCGUUAAAUCUGAUCCUGAUUCUGAUGCAGACGUCUUGGAAAUGCAGAAAAACAAAUCAACCACAGGAGCUCAGGUGUCUGUGACCGGUCGGACCCAGAAAACCAUCCUGCCUCAGGUCAGGUACCAUCCGUCUAUCCACACUCCUGGAGAUGGAGCCCGACCCAAAACCACUACAACAACUGAAACCAGAAGCAGUCGGACACAAAGGACCAGACCUGGAGCUGAGCGCCCCACUCAGACUGGGUGCCAACAUGUGGACAACACCACCCAGGCUGAUCUGAUUCCUAUAGUGAGACCACGUCCUGAUGAUGGACGAAAUCCUUGUUCUCAGACCCCCGAUCAGAAACCCAAUAAAAAACUAGUUCCGAUGACUGCCACAGAUCCAGGUCCUUCCCAGAAACCAGAUCAGGUCUCCAACAGAGCCUGUCCCAGACUGGAGCAGGUUCCUCUGUGUCUGGGGGUCCAGAUGGACAGGGCUGUGGUGAAGGACGUGGAGGUUCUGACCCGCGGACAGAGGACCAACCAGGACUGGUUCUGUUGGAGGAGAAACCGGAUCACAGCCUCUGUGGCUCAUAGAGUCGCUCACUGCCGCUUCGUUCAUGGCAAGAGUAAAACCCCACCCACCUCCUACCUGACUGCUAUCACAGGUGAGGGCCGCAGAGUCCAGACCAGAGCAAUGAGCUGGGGGGUCAACAUGGAGGCUGAGGCCGUCAGCAGUUACCAGAGACUCAAGUCUUCGGCGUUAGGUCGGCCGGUCGCGGUUCAGGACUGCGGUCUGUUCAUCGACGCCCAGCGGCCGUGGUUGGCUGCAAGUCCGGAUGGAAUUGUAACAGACAGCCGGACUGGCCAAUGGCUGCUGUGCCUGGAGGUCAAGUGUCCCUACAAACACAGACAGAGACGAGUGGAGGACGCCUGCAGGGACGACCCUGGCUUCUGUCUGGAAAUACAGGACAAUGCUGGACAUGAGGCCGGAGGGGUACGACAUUUUUUAAUGUGUUUUGUCUCCUUCCUGUUGUUGAACUGAUUUAGUCCACUGCCUUUCUUGUCCUUG